AUGGCGAGAACCAUUCUCUGCUCCAACUCAGGGUCCCAAGCAGCUUUUCUGCCAUCCUUGCCCUUGUCACUGCCAGCUCAAGAUGCGAACAUCACUGCCCCACCUAGUUGCUUAGAGCCAGUUUCUCCCCUAGUUCCCCCAGUGGAACCAGGGUCGGUGGUAAUGGUCGCCACUGAAUUAGCCCGGCGAGCAGCGCGAGGACCGAAGGGCGAGGGCCACGGACUCCGCGCCCGCUUCCGUAGGAUCUCAGCUUAUGGAGCUUCGGGGGCCGAAGGCACGGCGAACCACCUGUCGCGGGCGCACGGCGUCUUUGUCUCUGCCUUCUUCUCCCUUGGUCGCGGGGAGCCGCUUUACAUCCUAGCUGGGCAGCAGGGAGAGGACGCCUGUCCCGGAGGGAGCCCGGAGAGCCAGCUCGUCUGCCUCGGAGAGUCUCGGGUCGCUGAGGAGCACGCGGCGACAGAGGGGGCCGCAGGGAUCUCGGGGUCACGGCGCUGGACGCGAGGCGGCGGGGGUGGCGGAGUACGUGCUGGCCUCGGCGUGGCGGCCCGAGCAGGCGGGCGGGCCCACCUGCGGUGCCGGGACCGAGGCCGGCUUCAGGCCUCACCUGAGAAACUGGAGAACCGCUCGGCAGCGCCGGGGAGCAGAGAGAAAGGCGGCGCCGCAGGUGAGGGGGCGGGGGGGUGGCUGGACGUUGCGGGGACCCCUUUUCCGCAGACAGGCCGCUCCUUGCAGGAGGGGGUGGAAUGCGGCCGGGGCUGCGCGGAGGCCUGGGGUACGCUGCGCGGGGCCUCACUCCGGGGCUCCCGGGGCGGCGGCGGGGUCUGUACUGCGGGUGCAGUAGUUGGCGGCUACCCGGGGAGUGAUGCCUCAGAGAGUGAUAUCCUCUGGGUUGAUGGAGAAGAUGGGGUAUACACCAUACACCCCUGCAGUGAAACCUACCUAUAGCCUCUGGCAGUCAUGGAGAGCCAUGGAGAAGUGGAGAUCUGAUCGCACCUCAGGUCUGGUCAUUGCCCUUUGAAAGACUGCCAAUGGCAGGCAGGGCUCUGGUUAGCCAAAUGCAUGUGCCCAGGGGGCACAGAGCUAGCUGCAGAUACCGUCACUUGUGUGGACCUGCCCACUCUACCAGGCCCUCUGGUUCUGUUGGUGACUGUCAUUGUAACCUUUACACUAAGCCUCCUUAUGGUGUGUGGGAUCCUGAUUCCGGUGAACCAUAAGAAGUGUCAGGGCCUGUGGGGGAUGAGGCUGCCAGGCCCUGAGCUUGAGCUGAGCAAUCCUUGAACCUCCAUCAUCAGGACAGCCCUCAACCCCUACUACUGCUAGGCGGGGUGUGGCUAGACCCAGCCCCGGCCGCCCCCAGGGCCUACAGAUGUUUCCCCAGCCAAUGUCAGCCUGCUUGCCCUGGGCCAUGGUACCUUUAGAAAAGUCCAUGAGGGACUGGUAAUUGGCCUUCCUGGGGACCCCAGCCCCCUGCAGGUGGCUGUCAUGGUGAGAGGGGUGGAACUUCUCAAACAGUUGCUGGAGCUAGGGUCAGCCCACUCUCCUGAAGUGUCUGGGGGAGCCCAGGAGCCGUCUUCCUCCCCAGACCCUGCCAGAACUCUGCUCUGGUCAGGAUGA